AUGGAGAAAGACGAACUCAUGGGUGACACCUUUGCGAUGAAAGUCGGAAAUAUUCCCCCGUCGGAGACGGCAGUAAUAAAACUGCGCUAUGUGUGCCGGCUUCAAGCACGGAAAGUUACCGAUGACGCUGCUAACCGCGCAGUGGCCGUUUUCAGGCUACCUUCCGUGCUUAAUCCACGCUAUACGCCACCAUCUUCUGAAACCGAACGGCAGUUUGGCCCUUCAAGUGCAAUCCCAGUGUGCAAGGUGAACGUACCCUACAAAUUUUUCUUCUCAGCAGGUCUGAAAUCUCAAUGUGCAAUAAUGGCGGUAAAUUCUGCGAAGGACGUCUUUAAAUUGACGUACCACGGAGAAGACAAAACGGCGGCAAAGGUAAUUAUAAUGCCUUCAAAGUCCCACAAUAUUUCAGGACUUCCUAAUAUUGUGAACGUUCUGUAA